UAGAAGAGUUCUUUAUGUGUAGGCUUUUAUUUGAGGUGCUUUAGAGCUUACAAUCAUGUGAAUAAGAUGAUGAAAAUAUCAAGAAUGUCAUCGUUACUGCAUGACAAAAUUCAUUUGAUGAUCUUUAAUCAUGUUGGAUGGAUGGAAAAGAGAUGAUUGGAUAAUUGGGUCAUUGAUCAAUCUACUAAGUAGUUCGAGGAUUUCAUCUUAUGCAACCUGUUUUCUUUUCAUAUUUGUCAGAUUCUUUGUCAUGCAUUAUCUCAUCAUCUUCAAAACCAUGUCUUUAUAUCUUGAGGACAUUUUUGGUAGUUCCAGAUGCAAGGUUCUUGAGAGCUCACCUGAUCCAAUCUCUUAUGCUUCUUGCUUUGGCAUCUUACAUUGGAACAUCGAAUAUCUGAACGGGAUACAACAAAGGAAGAACUCAUGGGAAGAUGGAGUUUAUGGUACAAACUGCCCAAUCCUUCCUGGACAGAACUAUACAUAUGUGAUGCAAGUAAAGGAUCAGAUUGGAAGCUACUUUUACUUCCCCACUCUUGACUUCCACAAGGCUGCUGGAGGCUUUGGUGGCAUCAGAGUACUGAGUCGUCCACUAAUCCCUGUGCCGUACCCUCCACCAGCCGGGGAUUUCACUUUACUCACCGGCGAUUGGUUCAAGACCAAUCACACUGACUUGAAAGCUAUAGUAGACAAUGGGAAUGAUCUUCCUUUCCCUGAUGGGCUGCUCAUCAAUGGCCAAGGUGCAAAUGGUUAUGCAUUCACAGUUGAUCAAGGCAAAACUUACAGGUUCAGAAUCUCUAAUGUCGGGUUGUUGACAUCAGUCAACAUAAGAUUUCAGGGACACACAAUGAAACUGGUUGAGAUUGAAGGCUCGCAUACAGUCCAAAACACUUACUCAUCUCUCGACAUUCAUCUUGGCCAGUCUUGCUCGGUUCUUGUCACAGCCGACCAACCUGCACAGGACUACUUCAUUGUGGUAUCGACCCGAUUCACAGACCCAAUCCUUACGACCACCGCCGUUCUCCACUAUAGCAACUCGAUCGAAGUCCCUGCUACACCGUUGCCAGGAGGGCCUACGGUGGAGGUUGACUGGUCUCUCAACCAAGCCAGAUCAUUUCGAUUAAAUCUGACAGCAAGUGGGCCAAGGCCUAAUCCACAAGGAUCAUACCACUAUGGACAGGUGAACAUCACCAGAACCAUUAGGCUUGCAAACUCUGCACCUAUCAUCAAUGGCAAGCAAAGAUAUGCCGUCAACAGUGUCUCCUUCAUUUCAGCUGAUACUCCUCUGAAGAUUGCCGACUUCUACAAUAUCUCUGGAGUUUUCACGCUUGGAAGUAUACCUGAUAAUCCAACCUACGCUGGUGGCUAUCUCCAGACUUCAGUCAUGGCAGCCAACUUCAGAGACUAUGUGGAAAUCAUCUUUGAGAACGACGAAGAUUUGGUGCAGUCUUGGCACAUUGAUGGGAAUUCCUUCUUUGUUGUUGGAAUGGAUGGAGGGCAAUGGACAUCAGCAAGCAGGGACUCUUACAACUUACAUGACACUGUAUCGCGUUGCACGGUGCAGGUGUAUCCGAGAUCAUGGACUGCAAUAUACAUGCCUUUGGACAAUGUAGGCAUGUGGAAUGUGAGAUCAGAGAAUUGGGUUAGGCAGUAUCUCGGUCAGCAGUUUUACCUCCGUGUGUAUUCUCCGGCCAAUUCAUGGAGAGAUGAGUACCCCAUCCCGAAGAACGCACUGCUCUGCGGCCUGGCAUCAGGCCGCCGAACUAGACCACUCUGAUGCAUUUACGGCAGAGCACACAAGUUCUGAGAGAUCAGGCAAGUGCAGCAAGCAAGCAAGCAAACAAAUCAAAGACUUGAAGUUGACUCACCAUCUCUAUUCAGCUUCUUGUUUUUUGUGUUUCAUUCAGACAAACUUUACAUCUUUCUCAGCCUAAUUUGAUUCCAAGAAUUUAUGGAA